CUCUAUAAGCGCUCCUCCCGAAGCCCGCCACCUCCACCACCUUCUCCGCCCCCUCCGCUUCUCCCCUCUUCUUCCUCACCCCCCAAACCCUAACAGCCCACCACCUCCCGCGACGAGGAGGCCGAGGGGGGCUUAAGUCCUAGUUUGCGACGGAGGCCCAGCGGCGGCCAUGAAGACGCUAUGCCCCAAGCCGGGCAAGGGCGGCAAGAUCCACCCCUCGCCCGCCGAGGACCCCAUCGCGGCGGCGUUCCGCCUCCUCCCGGCCACCAUCCUCGUCCUCGUCGCGGGGCUAACCCCCGAGGACAAGCGGGUGCUGGCCCACCUGGUGACGCGCUCGUUCCUGGUGGGCUGGGACGCCGCCACGGUGCCGCCGUCGGAGCAGGCGCGCGGCAGCGGGCGGCGGCGGCGCGGGCACCCGCCGACCGUCGGGUGCCUGUGCUUCGAGUGCUAUGGCAGCUUCUGGACGCGGUGGGGCUGCUCCCCGCAGCACGACCGCAUCCACGCCGCCCUGGAGGCCUUCGAGGAGCACCUCAACGCGGCCGAGUCCGCCGCCGCCUCCUCCUCCGCCACCCCUCCCUCCUCCAAGCGCCGCGACAAGGGCAAGCGCGGCAGGGCUGCCGCCGCCACUCCGUCCCCUCCGCCGCAGCCGCCGAUUCGGAGCCGCCCCAAGUCGCCGGAGCCCCCGGCCGUGGCGGAGGCCAUCCCGGAGCCCGCGUCCCCGCCCCCUCCUUCCUGCCCUCCUCCCACGCCGCCCCCGGCUCCCGCGGCGUGCCUCUCCGAGAACAAGGAGAAUGUCCCGGAAGCCCCCACUGCGGAGGCCACGGCAGAGGAAUGCGGCGGCGAGGUGGCGGCGGAGGCCGAGGAGGAGAGGAAGCGCGGGUGGGCGGACGUGAUGGGCGGGGUGCUGAACCUGCGCCGCUGGGGGAUUUGGAGCCCCGCCGUGGAGAGCGCCACCUAGAGGCCGCAGCCGCCUGAGGGCAUUCCUGUGAAUGCCGGGCCUCUCUAGGGUUCUUUUAGGGAAACCUGGCUGCAUAAGCAGCGGCAGAGAUAAAAGAAGCGCCGGUAAAUUCCUCUUCUCCCUCGAGGAAAGUUGGAAAUCUUCGAGCGCCGCUAGUUACUACUAGUACUGUAGUGUGGGGUAACAUGGCAACCAGUGAUGGUGCAACUACAACUGAACAAGAUGAACGUCACUUGGUGCUUCCUGAUGGUGUGAAUUCUGCUCGUCUGGCAUUGCUGUGUUCAUAGCUUCCUUGCUCGCUUGCCUUGCUGAUGCUACGUCCCUGCUCGAGGCGGGUUGCGGCCUCGCAGGAGAAGCCUCUUCCUUUUGUGAUGUAAUUUAGGCAGGUGGUUUUCUGAUGGUCGAUCAUGUAGAGUAUUCCCUAGUCAA